UUCAAGUACAGUACACACACACAAAUUCUAUGAAAAGUGCAUGCAGUUUUACUGCACUUGAAUUUACUGUCAUGAAUGUGUGUAAACAUGGAGUAGCGGUUGCAUCUGAUUUGAUUUGGUGUUUCAAAAACACGCAAAAAUGACGUAUGUCAAGCAAGCGAUCGGCAAAUCUGGCGUGCUGGGCAUCUGGAAUCGAAGUUCCCUGAGAGAGAGUGCACUAAAGAGCCUUGUAACGCAACGAGUGAAGCUGCAAUCACGGCAAUGGAGGCGGACAAUUUCGGCCCAUCAUCGGUACCUGUCGACGUCCAGCAGCUCUGUUCUCUCCAAGCAAGAGUUGAGCUACUGUCACAACCCAGGUGCCACCCCACUGAUUGGUAAGACCAUAGGACAGAUCAUGGAUGAAACUACCGAGAAGUUCCCCGACAGAGACGCACAUGUCUUCCUCAGAGAUGGAAUACGGAGGACUUUUGAAGAAUUGAGAGAGGAGACUGACAGGGUAUCAACUGGCCUCCUAGCCCUGGGCAUCAAGAGGGGUGACCGAGUGGGUAUGUGGGGGCCUUCUACCUUAGAAUGGGUGCUGACACAGUUUGCUACAUCGCGUAUCGGUGCCAUCAUGGUCAACAUCAACCCAGUCUACAGAGUUCCUGAACUGGAGUACGCUCUGAGAAUGUCUGAAUGCAAAGCCAUUGUCUGUGCCCGGACGUUUCGUACGUUAGACUACUAUACGAUGCUCGGAGAAAUCUGUCCCGAGCUUGAUACUGGCAAACCAGGACAACUCGAUUGUGCUAAGCUUCCUGAUCUACAGACUGUAAUCUUCAGGGGUGAGGAUAAUUUGCCUGGGACGUUCAACUUUCCUGACCUCCUCAAGAUGGGUGGCAGCACUGAAGAGACACUGAGAGAUGAAUAUGAGAACAGGAUUCACUUUGAUGAGCCCAUCAAUAUUCAGUUCACCUCGGGUACCACCGGAUUCCCGAAGGGUGUCACUUUAACGCAUCACAACAUCGUCAACAAUGCAUUUAACAUUGGACAUACGGUUGGCUACCAUGAAAAGCACCACCGCAUUUGUGUUUCUGUGCCUUUGUACCACUGUUUUGGCAUGGUGGGUGCAUCGUUGUGCGGGAUGGUGCAUGGUGCGACCUGCGUCUUCCCUUCCCCUGGGUUUGAGGCUGGGGCAGCCCUGGAGGCAGUUGCUACAGAGAGGUGUACAUCUCUCUACGGCACGCCGACCAUGUUCAUUGACUAUCUCCAUCACCCAAGGCUAUCCGAGUUGGACGUCUCGAGUCUCUCCACGGGCAUCAUGGGUGGUUCACCCUGUCCCAUUGAAACAAUGAAACAGUGCAUGACACGCCUCAACAUGGAGGAUGUUUCUAUUAUCUAUGGACUAACUGAAACGUCGGCUGUUAUCACACAAACCCUCCGAGAUGAUCCCAUUGAGGAGAGAGUCUCCACUGUUGGGAAAGCGGCACCCCACACCGAAUUGAAGAUAAUCGAUCCUCAAACUGGAGAGAUCGUGCCGCGCAACAUGUCUGGUGAGCUGUGUAGCCGAGGAUAUGCUACUAUGAUUGGCUACUGGAAUAACCAAGUGAAGACCGAUGAAGCUAUUGAUAAGGCUAGAUGGUUCCAUACAGGAGAUAUCGCGGUGAUGAAUGAGGAGGGCUACGUGUCUAUUGUAGGACGCAAUAAAGACAUGAUCAUCAGAGGCGGGGAGAACAUCUAUCCUGCAGAGAUCGAGAACUUCCUGUACAAACAUCCCAAGAUCAACGGUGUCCAGGUGAUUGGUGUUCCAGAUGAGCGUCUGGGUGAGAUAGUGUGCGCCUGGGUCAAACUUAAGGAGGGACAAACGGCAACGGAAGACGACAUCAGGGACUUCUGUAAAAGAGAGAUGGCUCACUUCAAGAUCCCGAAGAUCGUUCACUUUGUGUCGGAGUUCCCGCUGACCGUAACAGGCAAAGUGCAGAAGUUCAAAAUGCUAGAAGAAAUGGUUAGAAUUAUGGGCAUCAAGUAGUAUGUAAUCCUGGGCACAAAGCCUUUUGACCUUUACUAAUACUGGAAGUCUAAUGAGAAUUGAAUGUAACUUAAAAACAAUUUGCUACAAUCAAACUAAUGUGAUGCGAUCAAGCUAAAUGAGUCGUUUGUCAGGUAUUUUUAAUUGGAGAUUCAGACCGAAAUAAAAUCACUU